AGUUGGUGUUAACUUUCUUCCCUCUGCUUUUCUCCUAGUACCUUGUUCUUUAUUUAAUCUGCAUCUCCUGCCAGACAGUACCUUGAGGACAGGGCUCUAUCUAACUCAUCUUUUUCUGAUGUAACUAGCACUGUGCCUAGUACAUUCUGGUAGGUUCUCAAUUGCUGGGGGUUAUCGGCCUAGUUAGGAAUUCCGGCCCUGUCACUGAAACACAAGUUUUGCACUCUGAGCCUUAGUUCCUGAUCUCUUAAAAAGGAAUACUAAUAACAAUAAUGGUUGUUUUGUAAGUUAUGUUCUGCGCCAAGGACAUGCCAAGUUAGACUGUGGUAAUGACUGUCCAUAACUAUAUUAGUAGCUUCUAAGUAAGAACGUCAGUAAAUAACAGGUUUUUAAAUCUCUUUUUACUUAUAGAUCUGGCUUGAUAACAUGACCAAUUUAAAUCAUAAAUGUGUAUGCCACUUUUCAUUGCACUAAAGCAGUGGUUCUCAAAGUGUAGUUCCUGGACCCCAAAGUCAGCAUCACCUGGAAACUUGUUGAAAUAGGCAUUCUCAGGCUCCACUCUAGGCCUACUGAAUCCACCUCUGAGGUUGUGACCUGGCAAUUGGUUUUAACAAGCCCUCCGGGGGAUUCUGAUGUGCCAAAAGUCUGAGAACCACUGAGCUUGAGAACCUCAACCUUAUACUGUUAUUUUUGCCUUUUUAUUGUAUAAUUGCUUGCUUGAUGUGUUUUAUAUAAAUGGUUAGAACCAAGUUAAUUUCAUCUUUUUUUAAUGUGUGAAAAUAAGUGAUAUUACUAAAUAUUUGCUAUUUCGGUCAUUUUAUACUUUAAAAAUUUGAGUCGGAUAAAAUGCAGAAAUGGUCAAGUUAUAUUUUCAUACAAACAUCUGCAGCUUCAUACAUAAUGGGUGAUACCAGUCUGAAAUAUUUUUAAUAUGUAUUAAAUAUUAAGCUUACGUAUUUAAGUGUUUUUGAAAUAUUUUUAAAGUUGAAAAAAGUCAUUUGCAAAUAUUUGGGAAUCACCAAAAUACAAGAAAUUAAAGUCCCUUGGCUGUCAUUCAGACGUAAUUAUUUUUAAUACCUUUGUUACAUAUUCUCUUAGUCAUUUUUUAAUUUAAUUUUUUUGGAAAACAUAAUACAUUCAAGUCGAACUUUUAUAUAUUUUCUAAUAUGUACAUAAUUGGGUUUAUGCAAUCCAAUACACAUUCAUGAUCUUUUACUUAACUGUAUAUUGAGCAUGUAUAAAUCAAUCUACCACCUGUUUUCAAGCUGCAAAGAAUGGUAUCAUAUAAUUGUACAAUAAUUCAUUCAACUUUUACCCCUUGAUGGCUCUUUGUUAUAUAUAAACACUGCUAUGAUGAACAUCUUGCACAUAAUCUUUAUAUGUCCUUUUAUUUCUAUAGGUGUAGAGACCUAGAAGUAAUACUGCUAGAUGAAAGACAGUGUGCAGUUUUGUUUUCAAUACUGUUAGUUUGCUUUCCAAAAGGAUUAUAGUAUUUUAUGCUCUCAUCAACCACCACAAGAAUACCUGUUUGUCCCCAGUCAAGUCAGCUCUGGAUUUUCCAUGUAAUGGCAACAUACUUGCUUAACGUUGAAUUCUGUGCAAGAAAGAAAAAACUUAAUAUAUUCCUUGCCAACAAGUGGUGGAAAAACCCUCGUGGCUGAGAUUUUAAUGCUGCAAGAACUGCUUUGCCGGCGAAGAGAUGUUCUAAUGAUCCUACCAUAUGUGGCAAUUGUCCAAGAAAAGAUUUCAGGUUUGUCAAGUUUUGGUAUAGAGCUGGGUUUCUUUGUUGAAGAAUAUGCUGGAAGCAAAGGAAAAUUUCCUCCAAUUAAAAGAAGGGAAAAAAAAUCUCUGUAUAUUGCCACUAUUGAAAAAGGACACAGUCUGGUGAACUCCUUGAUUGAAACUGGAAGGAUUGGCAGUCUGGGUCUGGUUGUUGUAGAUGAGUUGCACAUGAUUGGUGAAGGGAGCCGUGGGGCUAUACUGGAAAUGACCCUAGCAAAAAUCCUCUACACUAGCAAAACAACUCAAAUUAUUGGCAUGAGUGCAACACUGAACAAUGUUGAAGACCUACAAGAGUUCCUUCAAGCAGAAUAUUACACCAGUCAAUUUAGACCAGUUGAAUUAAAAGAAUAUUUGAAAAUAAACAAUGCAAUAUAUGAGGUUGACUGCAAAGCUGAGAACGGCAUAACUUUUUCACGUCUCCUUAAUUGUCAGUAUUCUGAUACUCUGAAAAAGAUGGAUCCUGAUCACUUGGUGGCAUUGGUGACAGAAGUUAUUCCCAAUUAUUCCUGCUUAGUUUUUUGUCCCACUAAGAAGAACUGUGAAAACGUAGCAGAAAUGAUAUGCAAAUUUUUAAGCAAGGAAUAUCUGAAACAGAGGGAGAAAGAAAAACAUGAAGUGAUUAAGAACUUGAAGAAUAUCAGCAGUGGCAACUUGUGUCCUGUUUUAAAGCGCACCAUCCCUUUUGGUGUUGCUUAUCACCAUAGUGGUUUAACGAGUGAUGAAAGGAAGCUCUUGGAGGAAGCCUAUUCCACAGGGGUUCUGUGCCUUUUUACCUGCACAUCCACCCUAGCAGCAGGUGUUAAUCUACCAGCUCGAAGAGUUAUUUUAAGAGCUCCCUAUGUUGCUAAGGAAUUUUUAAAGAGGAAUCAGUAUAAACAGAUGAUUGGCAGAGCUGGCCGUGCUGGAAUAGAUUCUGUUGGGGAGAGUAUCCUUAUACUGCAAGAAAAAGACAAGCAACAGGUAUUGGAGUUAAUAAGCAGACCACUGGAAAAUUGUUAUAGCCAUCUUGUUCAAGAAUUCACCAAGGGAAUCCAAACUUUGUUUCUCUCUUUGAUUGGUUUGAAGAUUGCAACAAAUCUUGAUGACAUAUAUCACUUUAUGUGUGGUACAUUUUUUGGUGUUCAGCAAAAGAUUUUGUUGAAAGAAAAAAGUCUGUGGGAAAUAACUGUGGAAUCACUUAGAUACCUGACAGAAAAAGGACUUCUACAAAAAGACGCUAUUAAUAAGUCUGAAGAAGAGAUCCAGUAUAGUUUUCAUAUUACAAAACUGGGACGAGCUUCUUUUAAGGGAACUAUAGAUUUGGCUUAUUGUGACAUUCUCUACAGAGACUUGAAGAAAGGUCUCGAAGGACUUGUGCUCGAAAGCCUUCUUCACCUAAUUUACCUAACAACUCCCUAUGAUAUGGCUUCUCAGUGUGUCCCUGACUGGAUGAUAUACUUCAGGCAGUUUAGCCAGCUCAGUCCAGCAGAACAAAACGUAGCUGCUCUUCUUGGAGUCUCUGAAAACUUUAUUGGGAAGAAAGCAUCAGGUCAAGCUAUAAAAAAGAAGGUGGACAAGGACAUUGUCAACAGACUAUACCUGUCUUUUGUUCUUUAUACCCUGCUCAAAGAGACCAACAUUUGGAGUGUGUCUGAAAAAUUUAAUAUGCCUCGAGGCUAUAUACAAAGCCUUCUCACUGGAGCUGCCUCAUUCUCCUCUUGUGUGCUACAUUUCUGUGAGGAACUUGAGGAGUUUUGGGUUUAUAGAGCCCUUUUGGGAGAACUCACCAAGAAGUUGACUUACUGUGUAAAGGCAGAGCUAAUUCCUCUCAUGGAAGUGACUGGAGUUUUAGAGGGUCGAGCAAAACAGUUAUAUAACGCAGGCUACAAAAGUCUGAUGCACUUAGCUAAUGCAAAUCCUGAAGUGUUAGUAAGGACCCUUGAUCAUUUAUCCAGACGCCAGGCCAAGCAAAUUGUUUCAUCAGCAAAGAUGCUGUUGCAUGAAAAAGCAGAGGCUUUACAAGAGGAAGUGGAAGAGUUGCUGAGGUUGCCUCCUGAUUUCCCCAGUAUUGAGGUCUCUGCCACUGAAAAGGCAUGAAGCUGUCUGACAAGCAUUUUCAAACAGGAAUGAUUUAUUGCACCUAUUUUUCAAUUAAAUAUUCCCUAUAAUUUAUAAAUAAAAAAAUACA